UGCACUUGCGCAGGUCUUGCCUGUUAUACUGUUAUACUUGUGCGAGGAGAUAUGUUUAUUCCAACUGGAGAUUUUUAUUGUAGCAAUUUAUUACUUCGGAAUUUGUUAAUGCUAUUUAAAAACGUCGCCUAGGAGACACAGUUUUUUGAACAAUUACCUAAGAAGACAGCAGCAUGCCGAUACAGAACACAUCAAUCGUGUGGAAGAUCAAUAUCUUUCUACAACUUUUAAGUUUGUUACUGAACAUUAUCGGUUACUGUACCAACUACAUUGGUAGAUUCGGGGAUUUUACUCAUCUUGGAUUAUGGGAAAUGUGUGAACAGAAAAGUGAUAUAUGUGUUAGUCUCAAAUUGGCGAAACAAUUUGCCGAUAUCAGCAUGGUAUGGGCCUAUGCUUCACGUGUCUUCCUAGGCAUAUGCUUGACUGGUCAGUCUCUGGUCAUCCUGUUGACACUUUCAGCUCUUGUGAUUAAAACAAACAAAUUUGUGGCCUGGUGUACUAUUGGGCUGGCAUUUUUUUCAGUUCUGUUCGGAGCAAUCGGAAUAGCGGUCGCAGCUGGAGAAAUUAAAAGACUUUAUGUACCGAAACAAUUUUCAGGUUUUUUUAGCGUGGGCUGGUCCUUUGACUUAGUCAUCUCCAGCCUUGUUAUGUUUUUAGUGGCUGGCAUUUUAUCUUUUGUUGAGACUCGGAGACCGGCAACAUAAUUUCAAAUUUCGUUUAGGUCAUCAAAAUUUUGUAUGUUUCAUUUGUUUUAGUUUGUUCACGUGCAUGGUAAUUUCUUUAUGUUUUAUUAUUUUUUUUUUAGUAUUUUCAAUUUGAACAUUCAAAUUAUAUUCAUUUUGAUUUUGUUUUUUUUAUUCAUAUUCGUUUAAUACAAUUACGAACUAUAUUUUCUAAAUAACUCGAUGUUCACUCUUCUUUG